UUCUUACCCUUUCCGCGUGGUUCCCUCUAGGUUCUUUUGUGGUUGAUUUUGAGUCUUGGCAUAUUGAUCGGUCCCGGUUAAAGGGGCGAGGCAUGCGAUGAUUGGCACAUUCUUUGGUGACAUACUAUUGGAUUCAACUUCUGAUUCGAAGUUGCCAUCUUGAUGAUGAAUGUUGUCUCUGAAACAUAAUCACGUUAUUGAGUAUUUUAUUGAAGAUUAAUUUUUGUUAUUACUUCGGAAUGAGGGAAUGAAAUCAUGUCGAGUUGGUUUAUAUAUACUGAGAUUGGAGCCGAUGCUUAGCUUAGAAUUCUUGGAAUACAUGGUUGCACACUCGCAUAAAAAAUAUGAAGUUGGUUUUGACAUAAGCAGAGCUUCAAAAUAACAGCAGUAAUGCUGCAUUUAGCUGUUAUGAGAAAAUUCAUAUAGCAGAGUAAAAUUAAAAUGAACCAAGGCCUGAAAAAUGAAGUGCACAUAGUGAAUAAUGUGAAAGAAAAAAAAAAUACACGUUUAUAGAGACAUAAUAUCUAGUCAUGAAAUGUCUAGCAUGUACUAGACUAGAUACUGGCGUAUUCUUCAUAGAUGUUAAAGUGGCUUACUAAGUUACUAGAAUGCUGAAAGUAUGUUCUAUGAUGUGAUCAUUGCAUUAGAGUUCAUGGAUUCUUGAAUCUGCUCCAAAAAUCACAUCAUAUAUGCAUGCCCACAUCUCAUGAAUCAGAUGAAGCUUUCUAGUGUUUAAUUAAAAUAUCAUCAGAAAUGGACCCUCUUGUUUUCACUCCAUACUUAUAUCAUAUUGUAACACAUCAUCAUAAUGUAUUUGUUGUAUAUAACGUUGUAAAAUUAUUUUCCAAUGCUCCGGAUAUGUACUUCUUGUAUCUUUGUUUUGUCAUGCGAUCAGUUCCAUUGUAUCCAUUCACAUGCUAAUAUCCAUGCUUAUUCAAGGAUACAAUACUCCCGUGUUGUGUGUUCUAUAUAUGGAGCAACAAAUACAGGAGUAGGAAAGGCUUGCCAUUACAAAAUUGACUUGACCCUAGUUGCGUUAGACCUGGAUUCACAGAACAACUUGUCAGAAAUGUUACGGUAAGUAACUUUUUAAGCCGUGGCCUUGGGGCCGACGCGGCUGGUUCUGGGGUCCAGAUGUCGUGGAUCUCAGGCGACGUCCCUCGGGGUCUCUCUGCGGUCGGCGCCGUGGUUCGGGAUCGGUCGUUCGGGUCGGUAGGUCGGCGGCUCGGGUCGGGGAGAAGCUCCGGGAAGAGGCGACGCCGUCUUCCCACCUGCACACAGAUCGGGUCGGGGUGUUCGACCCGAUCCCUCCGACGAUCAAGUUAGAAAGAUGUGGAGGGGAUUUUGGAGGAAUAGAAGAGGAAGUCCUUUCUAGUGUCUGUCCCCCUUUUGUUUGGGACUUGGGGGUAUUUAUAGACGAGUUCGGGUGUUACCUGAUGUGCCCGUUUGCAGGGCAGGACUGUACCUUCUGUGGCGUCUGACAUUGCCACUGGGGCUGCAUGGGAGGCCGAGCGGCUGCAGGGUAUGGCGAGCCUCGGUCGGUGUGCUCCUGUGCCUCGACCGAGCGCACGAGGUCAAAGCUGAAGUGGUUGGCUGAGGGCUGGUGACGUCGGCAAAUGUCGAGUCUGCAUCAGUGCUUGCCUCCUCGGGCAGUGUGUCUACCUGGCGUGCUGACGUGGCGCGUUUGCCAUUUUUACCCCUAUCAUAUGCCCCCCCCCCCCCGAAAGGAGCUAUGCGUCGGUUUUUGCAUGCGGGGAGACGAUGCAUGGCUUCUUACUUCAGGUGGGCUGAUCGCGCGAACGUGUCUCGAGCAGUGCGAAGCCGAGGUGCGCAACUUAGUCAGGAGGCCGAGCAGGGUUGGACUCGGAGGCAAUGGGACCGAUGAGGGCAGAGGAGCGCAGCGCAGGCGGGCUGGCCGUGCGGGUGCGUCUCAAGUGAAGUCAAGGGUCGAGGAACACGACGGGCGGGGUGACCGCGCAGGUGUCUCGGGAGGGCGUAGAGCCGAGGGCCGAGGAACACAACUGGCGGGGUGACCGCGCAGGUGUCUCGGGAGGGCGUAGAGCCGAGGGCCGAGGAACACAACUGGCGGGGUGACCGCGCAGGUGUCUCGGGAGGGCGUAGAGCCGAGGGCCGAGGAACACGACUGGCGGGGUGACCGCGCAGGUGUCUCGGGAGGGCGUAGAGCCGAGGGCCGAGGAACACAACUGGCGGGGUGACCGCGCAGGUGUCUCGGGAGGGCGUAGAGCCGAGGGCCGAGGAACACAACUGGCGGGGUGACCGCGCAGGUGUCUCGGGAGGGCGUAGAGCCGAGGGCCGAGGAACACAACUGACGGGGUGACCGCGCAGGCGUCUCGGGAGGGCGUAGAGCCGGGGGCCGAGGAACACAACCGACGGGGUGACCGCGCAGGCGUCUCGGGAUGGCGUAGUGCUUGGUGAUUGGUUGCGGUCGGGGAUCGGCUGUUCGUACGUGGGCGUGGGAGGCCGGGUCGCCUUUCUUCUGGGGGAAGUAAAGGGUUUCCCCCUUUUGGUGCUGCCGGUUUUCGAGGCUGACAUGAUUGGGCGCCUUCGCACCGCGCUGCUGCCGGUUUUCGAGGCUGACAUGAUUGGGCGCCUUCGCACCGCGCUGCUGCCGGCAGCCACGUUAUACUUCAUUUAAGGCGAGGUGAUGCUUUUCUGUUUUCGAAGCGUGUUUCGGGAGACGAGGGGUUGCGUUUCGGCGGGAUGCGGCCUUGCUUAUAAGCAGCCUGAGGUUUAGCCGUUGGGGGCUCUUUCAUCUGUCUUCAUCACGCUGCUUCGUGCACCUACUCUCGUCUUGCAUCGGUCGUUCCCUCUUUCCCUACCAAAGGUCAGUGAGAAAUGGCGUCUUCCUCCUCCCUUUCGUCCCCUUCGAAAACCGUGGAGACGGCGAUUUCACCGAAUCCCGCCUCGUCGUCCGAUGAGAGGGCGGCCCGGGCUCUUGAGGCCCUGAUGUGGUCGCACGACCAUGACUCCACCGUGGGUGAGUCGUCGCUGAGCUUCCUCCGGGAUCGUUAUGGUAUCCCGGCGGAGUUCGUCCUUCGUGCUCCUGAGCCCGGUCAACGGGCAUAUGACCCAAUCCCUAGGGGCUUCGCCCUUACUAUAGACGCUUUUGAGGCCGGGCUGCGCCUUCCCUUCCACCCCGUCAUAACCUCGUGUGUUUCCUGGUGGCGUAUCUCUCCGUCUCAGAUGGCGCCGAACUCGUGGCGCUACCUGGCGGCGUUUCUGGGAGAGUGUCACUAUGCCCGCAUAACCCCGACCCGUGACCUCUUCCUUUCUUGCUUUCGUCUUACUAAGGGGUCGGGGGGUUACUACCUGUCCGCCCGAGCGGGCUUUCGGGUGAGCGGGGCCCCUUCCAGCAACAAGGGGUGGAAGGAGCGUUUCUUCUUCGUCAGUCACCCGGGAGAUUGGGGUUUUGGGGUUCGCUGGGGGGCGCGUGUAAUAGAUAACACCGUCCCAGUUUUGGACGACGAGGGGCGCCGAGGACUCCAGAGGCUUAGAGAGAUCCUCCCGGCCUCCCGAGCCAUUCGAAACAUGUCCGAGCGAUGGUUGGCGGAGGCAGGUCUCAGCCCGGUGUCUCUAGGUAUACCCCUUGGGGCGAUUUUAGGAGUUCUUUUUCGCUCAUGGGUCGCCCGCUUAGCUGAUUGUCGUUUUUGGCUUUUCUUGCAGAGAUGGUGCGUCUUGAGGCCCUUCGAGGGGUAGAGGCUCCUGCGGUUGCUUCGAACCGCUCGCCUUCUGUCACCCGGGCGGGAGCAAGCGAGGCCCCCGUGGACGUCGAGGCCGGUCGGCCUAGGAAGAGGGCGCGGGUGCUUUCGAGCGGCGGUCCUGAGGCGGUGACGGCCUCAGCAGGAGGUGUCAUGGUGCCGGCGGGGGCUGAGGGCGUGGUGGCGUCGACGGAUCAUGCCGCGAGGAGUCAGACAGAGGGCGAGGCUGCUCCGAGCGGACAUGCUGUGACGGGGGCGCCUCGCCAGCCCUCCAUUCGCGAGCUCCUUUGUCUUCCGCUCGGGGAGGCGGGCGAGCCUUACUUGGCGCGGGAGGUGGGCGCUCUUCCGCGCGGCGCUGCUACUGACCCGCUAGUCGGGCGGUGGGACGGUCUCACCCGGGGUAGCCGGGUGUGGGCCGAUGGUGAUCAUGCGGCCAAGUUCGUCCGCGGAGGGCUGCAUCCCGACAUAGCUCGGGAUUUAUAUACUCUAUCCUCCGAGACUCUGCUUAGCAAGUCCGCCAAGUCGCUGUUGUGGGGUAACCAUUACGUCGCUGCACUGAUGGAUCGCGUCCGUGAUGCGGGACGGGUCAUCGCUGCCCUGAGCAGUCGCAAUGCCGAGCUUCGGAAGCAGGCGGACGAGGCUCGGGCUGGAGCGGGCCCCGAGGCUGUUGCGGCGGCCGAGCGACGCGCUUCGGAUUUGGAGGCGGAGGCGGUGCGCCUUCGGUCGGAGCUCCAAGCAUCUACGGAGCGGUCCGCGGAGCUCCAGAUGCGGCUAGAGACGUCCGAGGGGCGAAAUACGGAGCUCCAGAUGAACCUGAGAGCGUCGGUGGCCGAGGCUCGCUCGGCAAGGGCGGACUCCCUCGAGGUGCUCAGGCGCCUUGAGGAGUCGCGUGCCGAGGCACGGAGAGUUUCGGAGGCUCUCGAUGCUGAGACCCGCCAGAGGCCGGGGAGGGACAAGAAGCUGAUCGAGGAUUAUAAAGGCUCCCCGGGAUUCCAGCUCGGCCUUGUUCGGACCGGGCGGGUUUCCUACGAGUAUGGGUAUCGGGUCGCCCUUGCUCGUUUCAGGGUGCGUAAUCCCGGCUCGGAGGUUGUGGAGGAUCCCUUCGAUUCCUUCCCUGAGGACCUGGAUGUCGGCAUGCCAUCCGAUGUUCCUUUUGAUGACAGCCCGGAUGCCCCUGAGGGGUGAUGAUCUUUUGUACUCUU